GUACAAAAGUCGUUCAAAUUAAACCUAACUUUGUUUUAGAUGCAUUUAUUUUUUAUUUUACCUUGAAUCAUCUUGUGGCCCUACAGAUUUAUCUUGGGACCCCCUCUUGGCUCCCAAACCCCAGGUUGGGUACCACUGGUCUACUCUUGCAGAAUGGUCAGGCCAGGCUGUCCAGUCAUUCUGCUCCACCUCUUCAGCAUCUUUGUGCAGACGGGAGAUAGUACUCAGGACAUCCUGUAUCCAUAUGGGCCCAGCCAUAGGGAUCUAGAGACUCCAAAGAUGGAUGAUGGGAGUUCUACUGAAAUUAUUUUGCUCAUUCAAUUCAUUUUCUUCAAUGUCCCCUACCGUUCCAUCUAUGUGAACAACAAUGGUGUGAUCUCCUUCAACGUGCAGGUUAGCCAGUUCACACCAGAGGCUUUCCCCCUGAGUGACAGCAGAUCAUUCAUUGCUCCACUCUGGGCAGAUGUGCACAACGGCAUCCGCGGAGAUGUGUUCUACCGAGAGACCACCGAACCUGAAAUACUGGAAAGGGCAACACAAGAUGUCCGGAAGUACUUCAAAAACAUGCCCACCUUCACAGCCACCUGGGUCUUCAUUACAACAUGGCACCAAGUCACCUUUUAUGGAGGAAGUCAGACAACCCCGGUGAACACAUUCCAAGCUGUACUAAUCUCAGACGGCGCGGCAUCCUUUAGUAUGUUCAACUACGGAGACAUCACAUGGAGCACAGGAACAGCCAGUGGUGGAGAUCCUUUAACAGGACUGGGUGGGACGACAGCUCAGUCAGGUUUUAAUGGUGGAGACAUUGGUCACUUCUUUAACCUGCCAGGAUCACGGUCAAAUGAUGUAGUGAACAUUGAACAGACAACCAAUGUAAAUACCCCUGGGCGCUGGCUGUUCCGCGUAGACACUGAACUGAUAGAUCCUGCCAAUGGCUGCAGCUACAAUGGUCGUUUUUACAGACGAGGGGAAAUCUUCUGGCUGUCUGACCAGUGUUUACAGCGAUGCCGCUGCCUUGACAUUGAUAACAAGGUGCAGUGCAAAGAGGCUCCGUGCGGGCAGCUGGAGACGUGUGAGCAGCAGGAAGGGGCCUUUUACUGCCAGCCGACCCGCACCAGCACUUGUGUGGUAUUUGGCGACCCUCAUUACCACACCUUCGAUGGCUUUCUCUAUCACUUCCAGGGAACCUGCUCUUACCUGCUGGCGCGGCCCUGCUGGGAGGUGGCAGGGCUGCCUUUUUUCAGCGUGGAGGCCAAAAACGAGAACCGUGGGGUCGCCUCUGUUUCCUGGCUUAGAGAUGUCACAGUGGAGGUGUACGGUCACAGAGUCAUGUUACCCAAAGGCAGUUUUGGAACGGUCCAGGUGGACGGCUUGAUGAAGACUUUACCGGUCCAACUCCAGCUUGGUGCUGUCAGAGUUUACCAGUCUGGGGUUGCCAUUGCUUUAGAAACAGACUUUGGACUCUUGGUAACCUAUGACGGCCAACACUACGCAUCCAUCUCCCUACCCAGCUCCUACUUCAACAACACGUGUGGCCUUUGUGGUAACUAUAACGACGACCCCGCUGAUGAUCCUGUGCUUCCUGACGGCUCUCUGGCCGAAAGCGUAGUGGAGCUAGGGGGCAGCUGGCGCGCCGAAGACACAGACUGGAGGUGUACAGAUGGCUGCGCCCAGAACUGCAGCAUCUGUGACCCUCUUGUUGAAGCCUUCUACUUUCGCUCAGACUACUGUGGGCUCAUCAACAAAACCGAUGGACCUUUUAGGGACUGCAGAGCUGUAGUGGACCCCACGGCCUUUGUGUAUAGCUGUGUAUAUGACAUGUGCAGCAACAGGGAUAAUAUCACCACACUCUGCCAGGCCAUCCAGGCCUAUGCUCUGGCCUGUCAGGCCCUCGGCGUCACGAUACGAUCCUGGAGAUCUCGCAGCUUCUGCGCUUUUUCAUGUCCGGAGUUCAGCAGUUACCAAGUGUGCACAAGUGCCUGCCCAGCCUCCUGUUCGGACCUCACCUCUCCCCUGUAUUGUGCUCACCCUUGCACUGAGGGCUGCCAGUGUGACCAAGGCUAUGUCCUUAGCGGCAGCCGUUGUGUACAGCGUGAAGACUGUGGCUGUGAGCAUAACGGCCUCUAUUACCCCCGUAAUAACACUUUCUGGGCAGGCCCCAGCGGUGAAGAAGGUGAAUGUACCCUCCGCUGCACCUGCGGUUCUGAUGGGGAAGUUUCCUGCUUCAACGAGUCCUGCAAGGAGGGGGAGGUGUGUGUGGCUGAGGUGGGCUUGCUGGGUUGUUACCCUCGGAGGGAGGGAGUGUGCGCAGUCACCCAAAACUCUGUGACGACCUCCUUUGAUGGCACCUUCCUGCUGUUCCCAGAUGACAGCUCCUACUACCUGCUGAAGCUGUGUGGCGCAGUGCCAGCAAAUGGCUCAAUGGUGGAGGUGAAGAUGGGCAGGCGGCUGGUGAACAAAGGCCCCACUUGGAAAAGACCAGUGGUGGUUACAGUAGCUAACAUGGAAGCUCAGAUGGGAGGGAUAGAUUUUGAUACAGUAAAGGUGAAUGGUGACCGAGUGGCGCUCCCAUAUGUCCAUCCAAUGGAGAAAAUGAUGAUCUACAGAGCACCAGGCAAUGCUACAGUAGUGGAGUCCCGCGGUCUGCUUCGUGUCCAGUACACUCACCAGGGAUUCGUCAACAUCUCCCUCUCCACCCUCUUCUACAAUGUUACUUGUGGUCUAUGUGGCGUCUUCAAUAGCAAUACCACUGAUGACCUUCGCCUUCCAAACGGACGCCUGGCGGAGUCUACUGAACAGUUCACAGAGGGCUGGCGGUCCAUUGCUGAUGACCUCACCUGCAAUGGAGACUGCGAUGACCUGUAUCGAAUGUGCACAGACUUGCGUCUCUACCAGAGUCCUUGGAUGUGUGGUACCAUCAAUGAUCCGGGCAAUAGUUCCUUCCUGGCAUGUCAUGCAGUGGUGAACCCCUCACCGUUCUUCAGGAACUGCUUGUAUAACAUGUGUGUAAAGGAAGGGAAUCGUUCAGCCCUGUGUUCUUCACUGCAGGCCUAUGCCACGGCCUGUCAGGAUGCCCAAGUAGGGCUUUCUUCCUGGAGGAGUGUCACCAACUGCCCUAUUCCAUGUCCUCAGAACAGUCAUUUUGAUGAGUGCACCAGCGCCUGUCCUCUGACCUGUGCCAACUUAGAUGAACCUGAAGAGCCAUGCCCUCUGCCGUGCCAGGAGGGGUGUCAGUGUGAGGAAGGCUUUGCGCUUCGCGAUGGCCUAUGUGUGGCACGCAGUGAUUGUGGCUGCAUGAGCCACGGACGCCAGCUGGCCACUAAUCAGACUUUCUGGACAGAUUGGGAGUGCCAGGAGCGCUGCUACUGCAAUGGCUCUGACAACAGUGUAUACUGUCAGCUCGCACCCUGUCACACUGAGGAGUACUGCCAGGAGAAUGACGGCCUGUAUUUCUGCCAGCCGCGCACUGAGGCCCUGUGUGUGGCUGCUGGUUAUGGACAUUUUCUGCCAUUUGGUGGUGUGCCGUUUGAGCUGCAAAGCUCUUGUUCUCUUAGGAUGGCCACCACGAGCUGUGGCAGAGAGAACAGGGACCCCACACCCAUCAGUGGAACUUUCCCUCAAUUUAAAUUGGCAGCUCGUAAUGAGGAAAGGGAUACAGGUCAAGCAAUUUGGGUGAGGGGCUUUGUUCUGGAGGUCUACGAGUAUGAGAUUGAAGUGUCUCGAAGCUACAAAAACACUGUCACAGUGAAUAAGGAGCGUUUGUACCCUCCACUGAAGCUGGGCGCAGGGAAGGUCAACAUCUUCACUUGGGGCAUGCAGCUCAUUCUGGAGACAGAUUUUGGCCUGAAGGUGGCCUUUGACUGGAACACUCUCCUCCUGUUGACGUUGCCUCGCAAUCUCUACAACAGUUCUUGCGGCCUCUGCCACGGCAUGCCCUUAUCCCCACCCACCCUUACCACCACGGACUGGGGCAUGGCCUGGGCAGAGAGGGACACCUUCUGCCAGGUGGGCUGUGGAGACUCCUGCCCACGCUGUGGCCUGGGAGAAACAAGCGAUCUAAAUGACACCCCUCUCAUGGUGACUGAUGCCGACAUGAACACGGACACGGACAAUGGGGCAAAUGAAGUUGACACAGGCAUACGUUUCCACAUUGGAAAUGGACUGUAUGUGUUUGUGGAGCCAGAGGCAGUAAGGCUGUGCGGGCUAAUUGUGGAUCGAGGAGGUUUAUUUGCACGUUGUCAUAGCAAGGUGGCGCCAGCAUUCUUUUAUCAAAGCUGCCUGCAGGACACCUGUUUGGACCAGGGAGCUCAGGAUACAGUCUGUAACUGGCUGCAGAUAUAUGCUGGCACCUGUCAGACCCAAGGUGUGCCUGUUACCGGCUGGAGGAGCGACACACCAUGUGUCCAGAGCUGUCCACCUAACAGCCAUUACUCCAGUUGUGUGUCGGUUUGCCCGCCCCAGUGCGCCCCAGCCCGCGGCCAGAGGGACUGCAGCCAGGACUGUGUGGAGGGCUGUCAGUGUGACCAGGGCUACGUGCUCAACGGCAAGAGCUGCAUCCUGCCUCAGAACUGUGGCUGCUACUCUGACGGCAAGUACUAUGAGCCCAAACAGCUGUUUUGGAACAGUGACUGUACCAAACGCUGCCAGUGCAUUGGACGAAACCUGAUCCAGUGCGACCCGAGGCGCUGUAUAGCAGAGGAAGAGUGCACCCUGCGGUACGGAGUGCGGGGCUGCUUUGCGCGGCGCUCCCAGCACUGCGUGGCGUCUGGCGGUGGGGUUUUCAGGACCUUUGACGGGGCGUCACUGCGGCUCCCGGCCUCCUGCUCCUUCGUCCUGUCCACAAACUGUCACAAGCUGCCGGACCUCUCCUUCCAGCUCAUCGCUAACUUUGAUAAAUGGAGCACACCCAACCUCACCACCAUCUCCCAUGUCUACCUUUACAUCAAUGAGGAGAACAUACUCAUCUCUGGCAGCACUGUCAAGGUUAAUGGUACGCCAGUGUCGGUACCGUUUCUGACCGGGCUGAUGACACGUCUGUCCACGUCCGAAGGUUUCAUUGUCAUCGACACAGCUCAGGACAUCCAGAUCCGAUACAACCGUUUCAACACCCUUAGCAUCACAAUGGGCCAGCGGCUUCAGAACAAGGUGUGUGGUCUCUGUGGGAAUUUCAACGGAGACCCCAGUGACGACUACAUCACUUCCAGGGGCAAGCCGGCUGUCAGCGCCCUGGAGCUGGCCCAGAGCUGGAAGACCAACGGUAUGCAGAACAGUUGUGAUGAAACUCAGUUUGUGGCUCUGGCUCAGUCCUGCGACAACACGGCAGUGCUGGCGCUGCAAAGUGAAGAUGCGUGUCAGAAGCUCACCCAGCUGAAGGGCUUCUUCCAGCCGUGCCAUGGCCUGCUGGAUCCCCGGCCCUUCUACCAGUCCUGCUACCUGGACGGCUGCUACAAUCACCGCAAGGCUCAGGUCUGCGGCUCGCUGGCAGCCUACGCAGAGGCCUGCCGCUCCAUGGGCACCCUUACCACCAAGUGGAUCACCCAAGAGAACUGCUCAGAAUGGAUCUACGACCCCUGUGCAGGAGAGAUCUGCACAAACUUCACCUGUGAGCUGGAGAACGGAGGUGACUUGUGUGGCUGUCCGGAGUUGCCCACCAGCACUGGAGGUGAUGAUGACAUCAUCCAGGCGGAGGUGAACUGUAAGCAUGCCCAGAUGGAGGUCUCCAUUUCCAAGUGUAAGCUCUUCCAGCUGGGCUUUGAACGAGAGGACGUCCGGGUCAACGACGAGCACUGCGCCGGUAUCGAGGGAGAGGACCGCAUCUCCUUUCGCAUCAACAACACCAAGGGACACUGUGGCUCCAUCGUACAGUCGAACAGCACACACAUCAUGUAUAAAAACACUGUGUGGAUAGAGAGUGUGAACAACACCGGGAACAUCAUCACCAGAGACAAGACCAUCAACGUGGAGUUCUCCUGCGCCUACGAACUGGACCUGAAGAUCUCCCUGGAGACUGUCCUCAAGCCCAUGCUCAGUGUGAUAAACCUCACCUUACCGACCCAGGAAGGAAACUUCAUCACCAAGAUGGCUCUAUAUAAGAACUCCUCAUACAGGAACCCGUACAGGGAGGGGGAGGUGGUGCUGAGCACGCGAGACAUCCUCUUCGUGGGUGUCUUUGUGGAAGGGGCAGAUGAAAACCAGCUCAUCCUCAUAGUAAACAUGUGCUGGGCCACGCCGUCCCGCUACAGCAAUGACCGACUCCGCUACAUCAUCAUAGAGAGAGGGUGUCCAAACAUUAAAGACAACACCAUCGGCAUGGCAGAGAACGGUGUGUCACUCACCUGUCGCUUCCACGUUACCGUCUUUAAGUUCAUCGGGGACUAUGAGGAGGUCCACCUCCACUGUGACGUCACCCUGUGCGACUCGGAAACAAACGCCUGCAAAGUGAACUGUCCACAUAAGAGAAGAAUGUACUCGGAGGAGAGUGACCAUAAAGAGCACAUACUGACUGUGGGACCCAUUAGAAGGAGAGAAUUAGACUGGUGUGAGGAGGAAAACGGAGGCUGUGAGCAGAUCUGCACCAGUAAGACGGCCGGACCGGUCUGCAGCUGUGUGACUGGGAUGCUGCAAAGAGAUGGGAAAAGCUGCCGGACUGCGAGCUCGAGCUGUAACCUCACACCUGCGGUGUCUCUGCUGAGCGUCAGCACUGUGAUCUCCAUGUUCCCGGCUCGUAUUCACACUCUCCUCUCCUAACACCCUGCCAACAAAGGGAGACAACAAAUGAAAAAAGAACAAAACACAGAAAAGACUUGAAGAUGCACAAAGUUUAUCAGCGUUGAUUAGCCAGUAGAUCAGCUGUGUGCUCCAGUCCGAAAAUCUAGACAGAAUACACUGGGCAUUCAGAAUCGUCUGAGGCCACAUAAUCGUGAUGCAACUGAAGGUCACUACACAAAAAAAGUAAGCCAGCUUUCCAGCCAUGUAGACAAGUUUCACCCCAACUUCCCUACUGUUAUUCUCCACCUCCACCAAAUCCAUAAUAUAUCAGGACACAUUGUGUAUUAUCAUGUACUUAAAGCCACUAUGUGUAGAUUUUUUUUAAAUGUAAUUAUAACAUAUUUCAAAUUAUUCUGAUGGCUUUUGUUUGAAGAAAAAUGAAUGAAUUACAGUCUGCCACAGUGUCUUUUUUAUACUACCACCAGAUGGCGCCAAAGUUUGACAUGUUCUUAUGCCAUACAUUGCACUCAGAGAGCGCAGAUGUCUGCCAAUCUCAGUGCCCUAUCUCAAUAUUUUGCUGUGGAAAUGUUACAUAAAACACAUUUUUCUUAUUAUUCCAACACCACA